CGUCACACAUGUGAACCACUUUAAACUAGUGUUGUGAAAGGUUCGGUCAUUAAACAAAAUUAAAAGACCGAAAAUGUUUCAACCUUCCCGGCAACAAGUCCUGCGCCUCUACAAACAUUUAAUACGAUACGGAAACCACCUAAAGCUGACCGACAAGAAUUACUUUCUGGGCCGAGUACGCCACGAGUUCAGAGACAAUCGAGCCCUCACAAACCCGGUGGAAAUUGACUUUAGUUUCAAGAGAGGAGAAACACUGCUGAAGAAGGGACGCAUUCUGUAGGAAUGCUGCGGGGUCUGGUACGUUU